AUGCCAUUUAUGGCGAUGAAUGAUAAUGAUUUACCAUCAUGUUUGCAAUCAACAAAUCAAACAAAUGCUAUAAUAACUUCCAAUGUAAAAUUAGACUGUAAGAAAAGAAAAACACAGCAAGAUUUAAAAAUCCAAAUGGAUGCUGGUGCUAAAGUUAUUACGCAAUCAGCACUGAAAAUGAAAAUAUUUAAAAAGGAUAAAAUAAAUAAAUUAAAAAAUGAUUCAAGCGUAACGGAUAAUAAUAAUGAAUAUGUAAAUAUGCAAAAAGAAGAAAAUACAACAAGAAAGCGGCAAAGUAUGACUAGAACCUCAUGUGUAAAACGUAAAAAAAAGAGUAAAAUUAAUAAAAUUAAAACAAAAUCAAGGAAAACAACAUCUGUAAACAAGAAUAAAAUAAAAAAAUAUUUCAGUGAAUCAAGCUCUGAUACUUCCAACUUUCAAUUGAGUAUAGCUGAAUCAGAUGAUUCCGAAUAUGAAACAUUAAAUGACUACAUAGAAACCUGUUUAAAAGAUCAAUCAGAAAAAGGAAACCUGGAACCGGACAUCCCAAUCGGGAUCAGUGAUAUUGAGUAUUUCACAGGCAAUGUUGAUAAUUUGAACGAAGGUGACUGGCUUAUAGCUAAAUUUGCUACGAAAAAAAGCGUCAAGCACUUUGUUGGGCGGAUUUUAUAUAUUACACAUAAUAUCCCUACAAUAAAAUUUGUAAGGAAAGUUAAAAAUACUGCAGAUAGCAAAAGAUUAACUUUUACGUAUCCAUCUGUUGAAGAUAUUUAUGAAAUGCAUCAUGUAGAUGACGUUGUUGUCGUCUUACCGCAACCAAUAAUUACCAGAAGGGGCCAAGUUAUGUUUGAAGUAGAUUUUUCUAAUUAUAAUAUACAA